AUCACCCCAUCUCUUUCUCUCAGUCAAUUUAUUUAUACCCCCAAAUGUAAUUAGCCCUAAGUUUCACGUUUCAAAGUUUCAAGUUUCAAGUAAAGGAAAAAGUGGCUAAUAAAAGGUGAAUAGUGUCAACUUUUUAUUGGCUUUUCUCUCCCACACAACCUUCAAUUCCGUUCACACACUCCUCCUUUUGAAGUUUCUUUGCAACCCAAAAAAAUUAUAAUCCUCUCCUUCAUUCUGAUUCUUCUCUCUCUCUAAACCAUCAUCUCUCUCUCUCUUCUAAACCAUCAUCUAUUUUCUCUCUCUGUGUCUGCCAUGGAUUCCGGCAACAGUAGUAGCAUGCAAUCUUCAAGCGGUGGUGGUGGAGACCAAGAAGAGUACGACUCACGCGCCGAUCAAUCUCUCUCUGCUUUGUUUAACAACAACGCGGCCACCGGCUCUUCCAACAUCGCCGGUCAAACACAGCUUGACUCUCUCAUGGCUAACUAUUUCAACACCGGGUGGUCAACGGAUAAUCCUCUCUGGUCAACAACAACUUCAAAUCCCACCGACGGCUCUAGACCACAACCACCACCGGUGCCAUCAGAACCAGUCUUCUUCACAAACACAGUUCAAGAAAAUCUGAGAGUAGUCUCAAACACAAACACAAACACAAACACAGACACAAACACAAGUAGUCCCAUUGGUUCUGUCCCUACCGACAAGAAAACAGGUCUGGCGACAACACGGAACCCAAAGAAGAGAUCUAGAGUCUCGAGACGAGCACCUACUACUGUUUUGACCACCGACACUUCAAACUUCAGAGCCAUGGUUCAAGAAUUCACUGGUAAUCCUUCUACUCCUUUCACCGGAUCAUCAUCUAGUCCUUUUUCUAGAUCAAGAUUUGAUCUCUUUGGUCCUUCUUCUUCUUCUUCUUCUUCGUUCUCACGACCCUUGAAACCCUUUCCUCACAAACUCAUCCCACCAUCAUCAACCAGUCAUCAUUACUCAACUCCUCCUACAGAUUACCACCAGAGUCUUCUUCGUAGCAUGAACAUGCAGAACAUAGCGAACCCUUUUCUCAACAACCAAUCUCCUAACAACGUCCCUUUAAUGGAGGAUCAAUCGUUGAGCUUGAGAACGAGUACUGGUUUUGGAUACGUGAGAGCAAACUCUGAGGGGCUUCACAACAUUAUCGCCUCCUCGUCAUCAUCCAUGACGCAGCCAACCCUAAAUAUUAUUCAUGGAUCAAACAAGAAUUAUGAAGCCGAUAAUAAUUUGGUAAGAUCCAUCAGUGGAGAAGAGCAACCUAUGGUACAAAGAUCCGAUGGCUACGCACCAUUGGUUGCUUCUGGAGCCGAGAAUAAUAUAACGGAUGUGAGAAAUGAAGGUACGGUGGAAUUAUCAUGGAUCUCGUCUUCUGAUUAGUAUCAUUCUAACUUUGUUUUAUUACAUUAUGAUCGUAUCAAUUAUAUUAGCCACAUCAAAAAAGGAAUAGAACAUCCUAGCGAAAAACAUCUGAUGAACGAACAUUAGUUAGUAUAUGGAAUUAAGAGUAUGGAAUCUUUAAUAUUCUAAAGCUUCUAUGCAUGGUCUAUAAAUGACUUUCUAUAUAUUGGAACACUGUUUUUUGUUCCUUUUAAUGUCAUAUUGGCCUUUACUCCGUUUGGUGGAAUGGUAUUUGUGUAUAUGUAGAACUGGACUAUAUGUAAUGUGUGUGAUUUUGAAACUUUGCCGGCUCAUGGUUGGUGUAUUUUUGAAUUUUCAAUGGCCCCGUGGUAUAA